AUGCGCCGCCGGCCUUUCCUUCCGUCUUCAGCGAAGGCUUUUGCUCCUCGUGACAAACCGUAUAUUGUGCUCAAUCCAAAGUAUUCGGACUCACUGGCGAAAGUUCUUAGACAGGCAAAGCCGGAAGAUUACACCAUGCGCAAGCGAAAAGACUCUUCCAGACAGGCAACACUGCUGAGUAUACUACUAGCACCCGACACUGCUAUAUGGACAAUCUGUGAGACCGAUUUGUUUCAAGUUUUAUACCAAGCCGGACAGGAAUAUGGGCCGUCUCAAGCAAGCCUUACAGAGACCCGCUAUAUCCAAGCGCAUGUCGUACAUGUUGACACAAUAUCACGGAAUGAGAUGAGCUUUAAAUUGACUUCCGAAACUAUCCAAAGCUUGAUCGAAUUCUACGACAUUAAUAUUUCAUGCCAUUUGAGCUCCUCCAUUUCCAAUGAGCCUCAGAAAUCAACGGCCCCUUACCACAAAGAUCCAAAGCAGGCAUUUGUUCGAAAGAUCAACGGAUUUGUAUUCUGUACUCCCGUUUCGGCCUUCGAGAGCCUGAAGAGUGAUGGAACUGGGACUCUUCUUGGGAGACAAGCAAUGGCGGCGCGUGAAGCUAUAGAACGUCUGUUAGUGUCUGUAAUAGCUACGCAGCAAGAGGGCAGUCUUCCGCAGCAAGCGGGCAGUCUUCCGCAGCAAGCGGGCAGUCUUCCGCAGCAAGAGGGCAGUCUUCCGCAGCAAGAGGGCAGUCUUCCGCAGCAAGAGGGCAGACUUUCGCAGCAGAAAGAGGGUCUGUUGCCGACCCAAGAAAGAGGACAGAUUGGUUCUUUCAAUAGCCAUUCCUCUUUCGAGCCCUGGAGCAUCGAGGAAGUUUUGCCUAAUAUGACCAUCCCCUACCGCCCUCUUGCUCACACGGUAUAUACCGACCAGAGCUCCUCGCUCGGAGCAGUCUGGGGACCCCUUCCGCUUUUAUCUAGAGAUGAGCAGCAGUUUCCUGCACCUUAUGCCCAGUUUUCAUCGCGCUCUUCACUGCUUCAAUGGCCGUCGACAAUUGCAGGAGAGACUGGGGAUACGGAGGAAUUCGACGAGUCCGGAAGGCAUUUCAUGUCGGGCUAG